CAAGCAAUUAUCUCUGUGGGCAAAAAGCUGAAAUAAUUCAGUUGAAUUAUUCAACUAAAAAAAAAAAUUAAAAAAAAUGCCACGUUCGUCGUGACGUCACCAGCAGCCGUCAGUCGACGUCGCAGACAUGGAGGAAGUGAGAGUGUUUCCCCUAACCUGUGCUGUGCAAAAUUAUGCAUGGGGCAAGGUUGGACUGGACAGCGAGGUGGCCAAGCUGGUGAUUGGCGGAGAUGCACUUGCUGUUGUAGAGGCUGAUAAACCUUAUGCAGAGCUGUGGAUGGGCGCUCACCCAAAAGGUGACGCCCAGAUUAAGGACAACAGGAUCGCACAGACCACCCUGGGCCAGUGGAUCGCCCACUUCCCUGCCUGCCUGGGCUCAAAGGUGAAAGACACCUUCCAGGGUCAGCUGCCUUUCCUCUUCAAAGUUCUCUCGGUCAACACGGCUCUGUCAAUACAGGCCCACCCCAACAAGGAAUUAGCCACUCGACUACACACUCAGUUUCCGGAGCACUACCCAGACACCAACCACAAGCCUGAGAUGGCCAUUGCUCUCACCCGCUUCGAAGGCCUCUGUGGUUUCAGACCAGUGGAAGAGAUCCUGGAAUUUCUUGAAAAGGUCCCAGAGUUCCAUACUCUGGUGGGUCACGGGGCAGCACAGGAGCUGCGGGCCAGCGUGGGAGAUGCAGACCGUACGAGCCAGGCGCUGAAGAGGUGCUUCACCAGGAUGAUGGACUGGGAGAAGAAGGUGGUGGUAGAGAACCUCAACGAACUGGUGAAAAGGGUCACGGAAGACGCUGCAGCUGGAAAGGACACGUCAGGCAUCAAUGGUGACCUGUUGCUCCGUCUCCACUCUCAGUACCCUGGAGACAUUGGCUGCUUCUCAAUCUACUUCCUCAAUCAUGUGGUCCUGAAUCCAGGCCAGGCCAUGUUCCUGGGAGCCAAUGAGCCUCACGCUUACCUUUAUGGAGACUGUAUUGAGUGCAUGGCCUGCUCAGACAACACUGUGAGGGCCGGACUGACACCCAAAUACAUCGAUGUUAACACGCUCUGUGAGAUGCUGAACUACAGCCCCGCCCCUGCCUCCUCGAAAAUCUUCCCGUGUCUUCAGGACCCCUCUGACCCCUGUGUGUCCAUAUACAACCCGCCCGUGCCAGACUUCACUGUCAUGAGGAUACAGAUCCCAGCCUCAGUGAAGCAGUACAAUAUUGCUCCAGUCGACAGCGCCAGCAUCCUCCUGGUUAUUGAAGGUGAAGCCACGGGAACGUCGCCUGCCGCUCUCUCCGACCUCACACUGAUGCGGGGCAGCGUCCUGUUUGUCUCAGCCAACGAGAGCGUCUCUCUACACAUCACCUCGCAGUCGGGGAUGACCCUUUUUCGAGCCUGCUGCCUUCUGUAGUUGUGGGUCUGUGGUCGUUAAAGCUCAUACUACCCGUUUGUUUGUAUUUGUGAUUUGAAGUGUCGAGGUUUGUCCUUGUGUUUUAACUGAGCUUGAUGACUCGUGCACUUUUUACUAGGUAGUAUAGAAGCUAAAGGAGCCUUUAGACCCAGUUUAUUGACGCUCAUCGGUACCUGCUGCUCCCCUUUAACCCCUAAAAUGUAACAUGUGGCCCUCUCCGCCACCUCCAGCACUCUUCUCUAGCUUUAAACUCCAGUUUUAAUCCAAUGCUGAAGGAUUUAAUUGGUUCUUACCCUUUUCGUGUGUGCAAGUACAACUCAUAAAAACAAAAAAGAUUAGCACAUCCAAAAUUCUUUAUAGGUGCUGGAUAGAGGGCAGAAUAAAAAGUAAAAUAUGUCUGUUUAGUUGCUGUUUUGGUGUUUAAGGUCCUUAUUUUGCUCAAAAAUAGAAAUCUGAACAUCUGCCGCCCCAGGACAAGUGAAGAACAUCCAACAUGAUUAAAAGUUUUCAAUUAGCUGAAGGCUGAAUGUAAAAAAUGUUGGUGAUAACUGAAAACAACAUCAAGUACAGUUUAUUUGUCAAUUUUUUUUCCUGCAUGUUAUUUUAUACCCUGAAUGAUGAAGGUGACACACACUAGCUGUAAUGAACCAAACAGCAAUGGAGCAUUGUGGGGGUGAUGUUUACUCUUGUACACUUCACCACCACUCAGUGCUUUGAACAGCCAGACAACUAACCUGUUGAGGACAAAGCACAUCUGUUUUAUAUGCCAGCUGCUGCGUUCCCCCAGGAUCAGUGUUGUUAUUUUAACAUUAGCUCAAACUGGAGAAUAUCCACCUUUCAAACUUAAUUUUAGGCAAAAAAAAGGAAACGAAAAACAGUAAAAAGUACAUAGUGUGAUACUGAGAUGCCUGUGCAUGUUUUAGAGCAGUAGCACUCUCCAGAGCACCUUCUGUGAUUACUAUAUCAGUGCUAUAAACCAAUCACAGUGAAGCUAAGCCUGCUGAGUGUUACUGUUUCUGUUACCAGCGCAUGUUUUACAGUCUGGAAACAUCCCAUCAAAGUGGUGAAAACUCAUGAGUAUUGAAAAUGAAUGAAUAAAAAUAAAUAAGAAGCGGGCAUGAAGAGCCAUUUCCAUCUCUGUCCCAUGAAGCAUGACGAUGUGGCAACCAUGUAGGGGUGUAACAAUUCUGAGACCAAAACCAAAACCAUGAUACAAACGUCCACCAUGCUGUGUCAGGUACAGGUAGGUACUCUGGGAUUCACGUAGAGCAGUUAAAGCAUGCUAACUUUAUGAAAGAUGUAAUAAAGAUUGUUCAAGUAACAAGCAGGGACACCUGCUGUUUGUCGACUAGACAUAAAGUCCAGAAGUGCUAGAAGUGCAGACUUUAAUUAGUGCAUGAUGCAAGUUAACUGUUGAUUUGAAGAGUUUGCUCAGUCACCCAUAACAGGUGGGAGUACCCCUCCCUGACAGGGCGUGAUCUUCGACUUUUGUAUGUGGGCUUAUCUGACAAAACUAACAACCAGAGCACUGUGCAGGCAUGUGGGCGUUAACCUGAAAAGAAAAAAUACUUCUGGUGUUUAUGAUAUCAUUAGCCACACUCGGCCACACAAAAAGGCAGCACAGAUUUCAGCAGCAAUUAAAGUACAAUGAUUAUUAUAAUUAUGACUGUAAUAUAAUAAUCUCUAAAUUCUUUUGAAAAACACACAAUUUUGGUUAAGCAUUGUGUGAACAGUAUUUGUAUGGACAAUGAUUCAUUCCCUUUAAUGUUUCACACAAAACAUGAAGUGAAGUGUUUGUACGUCUCUGCAGUCUAUCUAACGAGACAGAGGAACAUUGUCAAUUCUCUCCUGAUGCAACUACAGUCAGAAUGGAGGACAUCAUUACAGCUUACAACAUGUCAGUGUACACAUAUGACCUUGGAGGGAGCCAGUGUGUACAUGCGUGUGUGUGUGAGAGAGAGACUGGGCCUGGGGCUGGGGCUCGUGGAGCCUUGGGCCCUGUGGGACAUGGUCAUGGAGGAUGGGACGCUACCCCUCCCUACAACUUCCCACUGGUCAUUGCUGCCUCCAGUGGGAUGUGGGUACUUGAUGGUCCAGGGCGUGCAGGUCGAUGAUUUGUUGUGGUUGCUUACCCACUUCUUUGCUUCUUUUUCUGAUUUCAGGCAGUUCUUAUCAUUUUGGGGCAUGGGGUCCUGUCCUCAGCUUGUGGUGGGAUGGCUGGCAUCUGGCCAGGUCAGCUCCCUGUUGCAUCUGGUCCUCUGAGUCUCGUCCCUUUGGCGAUGGGGGAUAAAUCUGUGGCCUCACUCUUCCUUCUACGGGGUUGAGCACACAGUUGUCCCUGGGUUGUGUGGUCUCGGGUCUUUUGUUUGCUCCUGGCUAACAGGGGAUGUUACUGAGAAUUGUCAUCCUCAUUAUCAAGAACGUUUUGCGUUGUGCUAAUCUGGAUGUAUCAAAUAACUUUUACACUGGACAUUUUCUUCUUGGGAAAUCAAAUGUGUUUGGGACAACAGCUAAAGCUGCCGGACUGGACGGGUAUUGAGACUGUCUGAGGGUAUAUAAAGCCGAAUGGGUGAAUUUCACUCUGGGGUGAGGUCAAAUUUUGAAAUCAUGUCACUGUGACAUGUUUCCAGCUAUUGCCUGUAUUCCUCAUUGUCCUGUUAGCUGUUAGUAGCAUAGUAACUUGAAGUGUUACAUUAGGAAGGGUAUCUGGCAUAAAAACUGUGCCAAAUCAAAAACUCAGAUCCAUCUGCUGUGGGAGCAUCUUGUGGAAAAAAAGAAAGCAGCUGUAAAUACUUUAUUCAAGAGUUUCCAAUGUGCAUGAAUUCACGCAAAUAUCUCACAGCAAUACUUCACUUUGUCUUUGGUGUGAACGCAAUAUUAAAAAAAACAAGGCAUGAACCUUGUAGUUUGGGAGAAUUGUUACACCUCGAGAAUCAUAAAUGCAUACCGAGUCAAACAUCUUGUUUGUCAACUAACAAUUAACUAAAACUGCUUUAAGGUACUUAUUGUAAUUUCCUCUGUUUUCAAAGGUUUUUUUUAACACCUUUUAAAGUUAAAUGAAGCUUUCAGCAGAAUAUAAAUAAUUGAUCGGCAUGACUUUACGUCAAAAACAUUGAUAUAUUUUUUGUCGAAGAGAUAUAAAGUGAACCUUAACCAGGGCUGGACGGCAAUUUUGUGUAAUACCAAUUUGUACCACAAGAUGGUGCAUCAGCGUAACCUUUGUUUAACCAGGCAAGCCAUUAGAACAUUGUUUGUACAAUGGCAUUUACUGGUGAAAUACUGCCCCCUGGUGAUAAAGGUUUUAGUUAACAUUUGCUGCAGUUUAAUUACAAAAAGUACCUUUAAAAGAUUUUUUUGUCUUUUUGUACAGUUGUACAACAAAAUGCUGCAUUGAAUUUUAUAUCUUAUUGUAUUGGAGAAAGAUUUUUUUUUUUACUGUUGUUUGUAACGAUUAAUCAACACGUGACGAUACAUAUGAAGUAAAUGUUUAUUAUAAUAGCCAAACAGGUUUCUUUUCCUAAAAUAUAAUCUCUUUUGGUGACCACUUUACAACAUGUUGGUGCAGUAGUAAUAGUAGAUUAUUUCAGUAAUGGUGCAAACUUCUGUGUAACGUUCCGGUUCUAGUACCAGGGUCGAUCUGAAUUCACUCAGUAAUGAUGUGCGUUUUCUUCUUGUAGUAGUUUUUAUAGGCUCUCAACUCAAAUAUUCAACGAUAGGUCCUCUAUCAGCCUGCCAACCUACCACUGAACAUGUUUUUCAGAGUGAGUGAAGCCCUGUUAAUGCUUUAUUAUCACGCUUGUGAUGUAGGUUGAUUGUCCCCAGUGCAGAUGCGGUAAACCUUUAUUUGUUUGCUAUUUUUAAAAAAAAAAAGAAGAGUAUUAAGAAGGAUGUGAAGUUAUUUUUUAGAUCACUUUUCUUGAUUACCUCAAAUCAUCCUUCUGUAGCUCAAAACACUGUUAACAAAUCAUCUCUUAUUUGCCAUGUUUCCAUGUUAUCUUUGUUUUGUGGAGUACUGUAUUUAACGUAACAUCUGAUUUAAUGAUCACGCACCUUUUUGUUGCAGAUCUUGCUGUAAGUCACGUUUUCAUUUCAAUACUGGACACCUGAAGUUUGUGGUUCUUUUUUCCUUACUGUAAACUAAUGACUUUCAAAUACAGGUUGGGAGAUCACUGCGUUUUCUUUAACCUUUUAUGGGAACAUUUACUAGAAUAUGUCUGUAGUUAGGGCAUGGUUGAGUAUUUUUGAAUGUGGUGAUGCUGUAGCAUGGGACUGCAGAGAACAUGUAUGUAAAAACGGUUUAAUAAAGCCAGGUUCUGUUAAU